ACCCUUCAGAGCACCAGAACUUAUGUUCAUGAUUCCACCUUUAUGCAUGACACCAUGCUCAAAUAUUUUUUCAAAAUAUUUUUUUUCAUUGUUUCUUGAAUUGCAAAAUAAUCGAGAUUGAAGCUUCACAGUAUUUCUUUUAUAUUCUUUCAUCUUUACGAUAUAUAGAAAAAUGUUGAAUAUAUUUUUUGUAGAGAAUUUUACGACACAUCUUUUAAGAAAACAACAAAGUUUAGGGGAUAAAAUCCAAUUAAGAUAUGAGCAAAAUACUAAGUGACCGAUUUAUUCUGGAACACCCGUUAAAAGACAAAUAAGAGUAGAACUUUAUUUAGAAUAAAUCUCCAUUUUGUAAAUUUUAAUAAUCACAUACAAUUUGUGAGAUAAAUCUUUACUAAUAUAAAUUAUUUUACAAAAACAAUAUUUUUUCUUCUUUAAAUCGUAUUUCAAUUGCCGUUUCUAGUCAUUCUCAAUGUCUCGCACACGAUAACAAAAUUGCAAUCAAAAAUAAUAAAACAAAAACAUCCAUAUCAUCCAUUUCCUCUAAAUAAUCAAUGAUUAGAAUGUUCUACCCUUUCGUUUAGCACGCACAGAGAACAAGAACAUGUUAAUUUUUGUCUAAUCUUUGUUGUUGUUUGUUUGGUUAUGUGUAUACUUUUCUCGAUUUCUCUCUGCUUGUCGUGAGAUAAUCUCACUUUCGCUUUUUCCCGAUAGUCAACAGUAUCUCACAUCAAACAUUUUCUUUUCCUGUACCGAAUUUUCCAGACAUCUUCCAUCGAGUCAAAAUAAUAUAGCGUGAAAAUAUGUGAUGUAAAAUUCUAACUUUUAUACAAAAACAAAUGUUGAAUAUUGUUCUCAUGAUUUACUUUUAUAAUAAAAUUUUCUAAAUUAUGCGUAAAGUAUCUUGCAGAAGAAAAUACUACCAUUACUUACUCGGCUAACGGUAUCCCAUACAUGAUCAAAGUUUGAUAACGUUAUUUGACAAAGUACUCAUGCUAUUUAAAAAAGGAUAGCCUAUUACAUUUUUAAAAAUGGUGUGUUUUGCUGUCGUCAAUAGGCAUGCACCGGUUAUUCCCGAUAAAUUUCACCUUUUCUUCGAAACGGAUUGCAUGAAAAGUGUACAUAUCAAAAAAAAUUUCUAACAAUUCGAUUUUGUAGAGCAAACAUUUUCUUACAAGAUGAGCUAUGGUGGAAGCCUUCAUGCUUUCUAUUUCUGCCACAAUCGCUUUUCCACAAAGAGUCCUAAAUCGAUUACAACUGAUCAUGAGACUUUUAAUAAAUCUUUUUUUUUAUAAGUAUUAGAUCCAAGAAGAAGAAGAGUCUCACGCUCAUCUUGUAGGAGAAUAUUUGCCCUACAAAAACCGAGUAGUUAGAAAAAUUUUGGAAAAUCAGUUUCCGUUGGUAAAAAUUUUUUGCGAAAAAAGCGCACGGUUACAAUCGGUACACGCCUAGUCGUCAAGGCUUAUAGUGUAGUUUCAUAGAACAGAAAGUAUUCUCUCUUAUGCCAGCAAUUUAGUUAUUUUUCAUGGGCCUAAAUAUUUAUUAGUGACAUCAAUCAUGUAGAUUUUAACUCUCAGUCAUCUGUAACUUUAUAUUAGUAAUAUUUUCAUUUAAGUUUGUUUCAUACAUACAGUAAAUGCACGAAUGAGCUACAUUUACCCUUAAAUAACUGUUCUUCGAGUAAUAUACUUGAGAAAAACUGAUGAAAAAGGUGUCAUCAUGUUACCAAUAGAGUCAUCGCGUUACUCUAACUUUGAUCUGUAGAUAAAAACAAAUCAUAUCACACCCUAUUUUAAUCUUAAUAUGCUCAUUGUGUAAACCAUCAAAAGUUAUUUGAAAGCCUCGUGGGUAUUUUUUCAAAAGUAUAGUUUUUUGGCCAUAAUACUGUCAUUUUUUUUGAGUAAAUCGAUCUCUUCGCGAAAACCAAGGGUGGAAAAGUGGACUCCAAGAGUCCAUAGAAGACCACAGGGGCACACAGAAGUCUAGGAGCCCAGGAAUCCGCUUUUUCCCCCUUUUUUAAAAAUUCUCCUACGCCGAAAUUUGAAAUCAAAAAUGCAUAAAAAAAUAUUUAUAACCUGCAAUAGAGUCUGAAGUAUCGGUGAUAGAGAUUUCAGCUUAAUCAGACCAUUUUUUCAAGGGGUCAUAAUGUGGCUGGGUUGGAACUGCUCAUGAUUGAGUAUCACUUCAGUAUUAUAAAUAACAUUCGACAGAGUACUUUUUUAUCUGUAUUUUGUCUUUAUUUCUAGACAGAAGCGGUUGGUAAGAAUAUCAACAAUGAUAGCUGGCACAUGUUACAGUUUGAACUGGAUAACAAUGGUUUGUUAAAUUUGACUGUUGAUGAUGAUACUCAAACAUGUAUAGUUUAUAAACAAAAUCAAGUGGCAAAUAAUGUUAUUUCAACAUGGCAAAUAAAUUCGAUAUUAGUUGGUGAUACUCGUCGUCUAAAUGAUUUUAUUUGGAAACCGUUCAUUGGACACAUGGCUGAUCUUGUCAUUAAUAAUGAUGAACAUUUGUUUUCUUAUUUGAAUCGAAAACAAACUCAAGCAGAUUCAUCAUCAUACCAAUAUACAAUGCACGAUGUUCUAAUUGGUUAUCGAACAGCAUUUUUCAAUUUAUUAACAUUAGAUACCCAGACGAGUUAUAUUGCAUUUUCAGAACGAGAAGAAUUAAAUAAAAAUCAUGGCCGAUUUGAUUUUUACUUUUUAUUUCGGACAUUAGUACCAGAUGGUAUUAUCUUGUAUCGUUAUGCGCAAGGUUUAAAUGAAUAUUUUGCGAUCGGAUUACGAGCAGGAAUCAUAACAUUGUUCAUCGAUCUGGGCGCGGGUAAAAGACAAAUUGUAUCAGAUGAAACUAUGAAAUUAGCCGAUGGAAAAUGGCAUGAAGUUAAAGUGACAAAAAUUGGGACAGACAAAAUUGAAUUAAUUGUUGAUAAUCGUGUUAAUCUUUCCACAUUAUCAACAAAUGGAAUUCGUGCAGCUGUUUCAUUACAACCCGUUUUGUACAUCGGUGGAAUACCCAAUCGUAAUAUUAAUUUGACCGGAUCAGGAUUAAACCCCCAUGGUUUUCAAGGAUGCUUAGCGAGUUUUAUUGUCGAAGGCACUGUGUUAGAUUAUUCGUCGGCAUUAGCACUUAACGGAAAAGUAAAAAUGAACGUUUGUUCAGCUGAUGAAUUUGAUAACGAAGAAGAAGAUUUGAAUAAACUUUGUUAUGAUUUUACAUGUGUUCAUCAUGGUUAUUGUACAACAGCAAAUGAUAGACCAAUAUGUGAUUGUUUAGAAACAGCUUAUACGGGAGAAAAAUGUGAACAAUAUCCAAAAGGUUUCUAUUUCGGAAAAAACAAUGGUCAAGGUUCCCUUGUUUAUAAAAAUUAUCCACGUACCACAGAUAAAGAUACAAUUGUUUUUGGCUUACAAACAUUAUCGAACACAGCCCAAAUACUUCGAUUAGAAUCUGAUUCAAAUAUGUAUAGUAUGGAAUAUGAAAUUGUUCGUGGACGAUCGUACAUCAAACUAAAUUUAGGUGAUAAAAAUUCUGAUGUCUAUUCAACGUCUACUCACAUAACCGAUGGUGCUUAUCAUGCAAUUAAAAUUAUUCGAGAAAUGUCCACAAUUGAAUUAUACAUUGAUGGUGGAAAAAUAAACCUUGAAGGUGGAAACGAAUACGGAAAAGAUCUUCAUCGUCAAUUUGUAAAUCAAAUACGCAUUCGACUCAGUGGUGAAAAACCCUGGAAUGGAAUUAUUGCAGGUCUAUCAUACAAUCGUCAGUCUAUAUUUGAUAGUUUGAGCAACACAGUGCAGAGAAAUGGUGAUGUUGAGGAUGUUUAUCCUGAUCCAUUUAUUGGUCGAUUCACAUUAGUAUCAUCAAAAACGGCAACGAUUACCACCAAUGUCACUACUCUAUUAAAAACCGUGAUCGCUAAAAGUUCAACUUAUUCUACAAAUGAUUUUAUUUUAACAAGUACCUUGAUGCCACUUGAUCAUAUCUAUCAUCAGCAAGUAGCUGUAAACAAUAAAUUAUUUUCUCGUACAUCAAAUUCAUCACGGACAUUUCUUUGGUUAUACGGUCAAAUAACUCGUGCUGGUACAAAAGGUCUUAUUAUCGGUUCAUUAAUUGCAUUUUCACUCUUAUGUCUGCUAAUAAUUAUCAUUAUCCGUCUAUAUUGUGGAAAAAGACGUUGUGUUAAAUUAUUAGCAGGAACAAAUGGUACAAUAAAGUCAUCUUCACCAAAUCACAUCAAAAUAUCCAGUAGCCAUAAAAACAAUUUGAAAACACUUUCCAUCAGUAAAAAGGAUAAAAGAUCAUAUGAAAAACUAUCGAAAAAAACGCCGAUCGCAGUACUCGAUGGUAAAAACUCGAAAAAACGUGUACCAAAUUUAUUACGUUAUGUACACAUGGAUGAUACAAGAAAAACUGCAUCAAUGCGUAGAGAAUCUGAAAUAUUAUCAAAUCGAAUAAAUGGUGAUUAUAACUUCUCACAUGAUCAUAAUAACAAUCAAGACAAUGAUAGUAAUGGAAACAAAUACGUUUUCAAUGAAGAAAAUGAAAGAAAUUCAGAUUGUCUGCUCCCAUCGGAACAUUGUUGUUAUGAAAAUUCUCUAAAACGGUCUUCCUCAUUUAAGCAAAAAAUGUCACCACCCUUGUUACCAUCGAGUUUAUACAGUCAAGGACGUUUACUAGCAUCGAUCGAACAAUCGGGAACAUCAACAUUAAGAUCAUUGAAAAAUAAUAAUUAUGAUAAUUCCAGUUCUCAAACUUACAGUGUUUCGGCAGUUUAUUCGUGCGAUUUAGCUGAAACAUUUGAAUAUGACUCAGUAAAUAAUAAAAAACAGUCGACAAAAGAGAGAUUAUCAUCUAUGAGAAAACGAUCGAUAUUAAAAAGUACUCAUACUUUAUCAGAAUCUCAACUGCCAGAUGAAAUAUUAAACUUUUUGUAUAUCAAAAAUCUCGUUGAUUGUUAUGCGAUACAAUCAAUUAAUAAAGAACCUCUUCUAGCCACAGCAGACAAUAAUCUCAUACAAAUAAGCACGGCUCAUUCUGACAUCAUAUGUACAAUGUUGCCGACAACAUCGACCGGUGCAUGUCAUCAGUUAUCAUUUUCAUACGAUGAAACAUAUAUAAUUGGAUUAUUUUAUGAAGUAACGUCAAAUAUAAACUCGUAUGCGGUUAAGGUAUGGUCCAGUGAAACAUUUUGCUCGAUUCCCAGUAUUCAUCCAAUCAAAUGUUCUAUUGCUUUGCCAUCUAAACAUUCACCAAUAUUGUACAUGGCUGGUAAACAAAAAUAUGGACGUGGUAUUUCUCUGGGUAUGUUAGAAAUUGAUACAUGUAGUUUACAACGUGAAUUGAAGUCAGAUCCUGAAACACCAAUUGGCGAUCAAAUAAAUCGAAUUAUUUUAACAUCAAACGAAGAUUAUGCUCUUGUAGCUUGUACAGAGCAUACAAGUUCAUUCACAUGUUUUGUUGUAUUUAAAAUGUGUGUAGACGAGAUGUCCCAUACAGGCAAUUUAAUAUCAACAACGGAAGCGACAAAUAUGAGUAAUUGUACGAUGAUAUUAACACGAUUUGAUUGUAAUCCGAAUUUUACAUUCCCAAUUACGCAUAAACAGACUUCUAUAAACCAGGAUAUACAAACUGACAGAAUUCUUACUGUUCUCCGCUCAGGUGACAUGAUUGUAUGGCAAUUGAAUGAUGGAGAAAUAUUAUACACAUAUGAACUUCAACUUCAAUCCACUCUCAUCGAUUGUCAAAUGAAUGAUAACCGAUUAUUAUUACUAGCCGAAAGUGGCAAUAUACAAGUGUGGAACAUAAAUACUGGACAAUUCACAUUGUUGUGUAAUAUUAACGAUAAUCUAGUAAACAAAGUAUGUUGGCUAGAUGAAAAUCAGAUAUUAUCAGUUGAUAACGACGGUCAACGUAUUCGACAAUGGAAUAUACAUCGAAAACAAGUGACAAAAGAAUUUAUUACAUCUCAUGGUACUCUAAAAACAAUCAAAACUCAUUAUUUGACUAAUUCUAAAAAACGUUUUAUUAUUGGCACUUCACCGAAUGAACGAAGUUUGUUAGUGUUUGAAAGCGAAACGAUCGAUGCUUCUUAG